ACCCUGUACUUUGACCAGGGAUAGAUAAUCUUCAUUUUCUGAAGAAAAAUCUUCUCUCAGCAUUAUGCUAUUUUUUCCCAGUUCUUAUUCUUAAUAAACUGUUUGGCGGAUUUUGUGAGGGUUACUCAUCCCUGCGCACCUGUGUAGGACUUCUAUUAAACACAACGAUCCCAUAGAAUUCAUCAGUCAAAAAGAGACCAUCAACCUGUUAGUGCGUGCAACUAUGAAGUUUAGUAGUCCUAGUACCGUAGUUCAGGGAUGGAUUGGAAAAGUCUACUCCAGAGAUGAUACUAAACUAGAACCUCCGAAGGAGGGGGAGGAGAAGAAAGAGGAGGUGGUUGUGGAGGAGGAGGAUGGAGAUGGAAGACAGCAAUGGAGCAAUCCAAUUGAAUUUCUUCUCUCAUGUAUCUCCAUGUCUGUUGGACUCGGGAAUGUUUGGAGGUUUCCCUUUACAGCUUAUGACAAUGGAGGAGGAGCGUUUAUAAUUCCAUAUCUUAUUGUCUUGUUCUUUAUAGGCCGACCAUUUUAUUUAUUAGAACUGAGCUUGGGACAGUUUGCAAGCAGUGGUUGUGUAAAAGUCUGGGAUUUGAUUCCUCCAUUUCGUGGAAUAGGAUAUGCACAAAGCUUUGCUACUUUCCUAGUGUGUUCCUACUACUGUGUACUCAUUGCUAUCUCAGCUUUCUACUUUUUCGCCUCUUUCCAGACAACCCUUCCGUGGACAGUGUGCCAUGAAGAACUAGGAAUAAACUCCUCCACAAUAUGUCUGGCCUCCAACACCAACAUGUCCGACCUUAACAUCACAGAGGAGAAUGUGACAGUGAUUGCAUCCACAGAGCAGUAUUUUAAGAAAGGUGUACUCAAGGAGAACCCUGAUAUUACAGAUGGUAUCGGAGCCCCAGAUCCAUAUCUGUUUGGUUGUCUACUUCUUUGCUGGCUUAUGAUCUACUUCACACUGAGAAAAGGAGUUGCAAGCUCAGGAAAAGUUGCGUAUUUUACCGCGAUUUUCCCGUAUUUGGUCAUGUUUGCUCUGCUAGUCAGAGGACUAACCCUACCUGGGAGUACAGAUGGUAUUCUCUUCCUUUUUACUCCUCAAUGGGAAAAACUAUAUGAUCCUCAGGUUUGGUAUGCAGCAGUAACUCAAUCCUUCUUCUCUCUAAGUAUUGGGUUCGGAUCCCUUACAACCUUCUCCUCAUACAACAGCUUCAGGCACAACAUCUACAGAGACGCCAUUAUCAUAUCCAUAGCUGAUACCUUCACCUCCCUCCUAGCUGGAGUUAUCACAUUCUCAAUCUUGGGACAUCUGGCCCACGAGCUGGGACAGCCUGUCAAAGAUGUAGUUAAGUCUGGAGCUGGUCUAGCCUUUAUCAGUUAUCCAGAAGUGAUCUCCAAGUUUGAUUUCUGUCCCCAGCUGUUUGCAGUUCUUUUCUUUCUUAUGCUGAUCACUCUUGGUCUAGGUUCUGCCACUGGUUUGAUCAACACUGUCAUCACUGUCAUAAGUGAUGAGUUCCCAAACAUCUCCAAGGAUCUUAUCACAGGGAUAGUUUGUGUGGUCGGGUUGGUCUCUGGGUUGGUUUACAUUACACCAGGUGGGCAGCCUAUCCUGGAGCUGGUUGAUUACUACGGAGGAAGUCUUCUCAUCCUCAUCCUCGCCGUAAUAGAGAUCAUUGCCCUCGCGUACAUUUACAAAACCUCUACUCUCAUCAGAGACUUCAACUUCAUGAUGAACAGGAAGCUUGGAAUAUUCUGGAAAUUCUGUUGGAGCUUCUUUAUCCCUGUAGCCCUGUCCCUCAUCCUGGCUUAUACCCUGAUAUUCUACAAGCCUGUAGCCUACUCCAAAGUUGAACUCCCUGUGGAAGCCCAGGUUGCAGGUUGGAUGCUAACUGCUGCCGGAGUAGCAUUUUCUCUGGGUUACUUCCUUCAUACCAUCUUUAGAUCCUACUUCCCAUCCAACAAGGUCGGAGUAGAACAAUCUAAACAGGACAGAGUUCCUGAGAAGGUUGUGGAUAAGGAAGAGGAGAAAAAUAUCUUUAAACUCAUUAAAUCUGCUUUUAACCCCCUGAUCUCAUGGGGGCCUUCUAGCCUACGUGAUAGGCUGGAUUGGGUUGGAGUUAUUGAACGUGAAAACAGCAAAGAACGAAUCAGUAUUAGAACAAAAUUGAACAAUCUUGUUGCUUGUAUUAGAUCGUUUCUUCGUUUGUGAGGACUGCUGAAAGGAUGAGGAGCACAAAUACCUGCUUUAUCUGUGAUAUAUUAUAUUUAUACUAUAUUAACAUUGAAAUGUGCACUUUCUUGCACAUUCUUUUAAAAUAUUUUUGUUGUUAAUUACAUAUAUGCCAUAUUUCUGUAUGACAAAACAAUAAAAAAUAAUUAUUGCAAAGAGACUUGUUUACUAAAACUGUAAAUAAACUGUUUUGAAAUGUAAAA